AUGGCAGAGAACGACAACAAUGGCAACGCAGUUGCUGAGGAAGCCCGCGCAGUAGUGGCAGUAGUAGAAGAGAAACCUCCUUGCAAAGACAAAGAAUUAGGCGACUGCGGUGGUGGAGGCGGAGGAGAUGAUAUUCCGAAAGCAAGUAAAAAUAAGAACCCAUUUCUGGAAAUCAACAACUUGGAGAAGGCAUUAGCUACAAUGACACUGAUACUGUCAAUCCCAGUAUUGGGUUUUAUUGUGUGGAUAUUUUACGUUAGAGAUUCGGAGUGCGAGAGCAUUUUGAAGCUGCCGAGUUUCCAAAUAGGGAUUGGGGUUGGUUUAAUUUUCUUGUUUCUCAUAAGCAAUGCAGUGGUUUUUCUAAGGUCUAGAUACCCCGUUUUGGGGCUUCUAGUUGUGAUGGUGCCGUUGUUGCUUAUGUUCAUAGUUGGGCUUGCGCUUGUUGGGGCGUAUAAAAUGGAAAGCCGAUCCGUGGCUGCAUCACCCAAAUGGUUGAGAUUGAAAGUGUUUGAUGAAGCGCAUUCCCAAGAUAUUAAGACUUGUAUUUAUGAUUCAGGGGCUUGUGAUGAUUUGGUCUCAAGAACUCUCAUGCUUAAAUCUUAUGAUUUUAGCCUCAAGAAACUCUCCUUCAUCGAGGUAAAUUCUCCCCUCCCUAUAAACUACUAUUACUUUUUUUCUGGAUGUUGCAUGCCAGCAACGAUUUGCGAAAUGGAAUACGUAAACGCAACAUUUUGGAGGAAAAAUGGAGGACCAACUGAUCCAUCAAAUCCAUACGACAGUGAUUGUAAUUUAUGGGACAACGACAGAGGAAAUUUGUGCUAUAAUUGCAUUUCUUGCAAAACGGGGUUUCUCAAAACUCUUCAGGCUAAAUGGAAGAAGCUCGGCGUUUUUCUCAUCGUUGCCUCUCUUUUACUCUUCAUCUCUCAUCUCAUUUUGUUCCUCUCCUCCGUCUUCAAACAGUUUCGAGUUUAAUUUACCACUCCAUCAUCCUUGAGAUCAUUAGCGGAAGUAUACGUGCAAGAUGACCCGAAAACUCGCAAAUAUCACUACACGGCCACUUCAAUUCAACAACAACAACAACAACAACCAUUUCUUGGCCACGACUUUAAGUCUUCCCCUUUCUUUUAUUAGUUCUUUUUCUUCCAUCUCUUCUUCUAAAGAUUUUGCAUAUAUCUUUUUUCUCUUUCUCCACUGUACAUAUAUUACCUUUUCAGCCUCCUUCAUCUUAAUUUAAUUUUUUUCUUUA